AUGAACGUAGAAAAAAGGAAACGGGGCGAUAACGGAGAACAGGACGGGAAGUCGAACAGAACAAAGGGAAACGAUGUUAACGGAGGGCUGACGGUGAAAGAUGAUGAGGUAGACGAGUUUUUCGCGAUACUCAAGAGAAUACAAGUGGCGGUUAAGUAUUUCGAAAAGAGUAACGGCGGGAGGCGUAAGUUGACAGAGAAAGGAUGGCGACCACGCUUCGAAGCCGAAGAUUUCGACGGAGAUAACGGUGUUAAUAACAAUGAUAAUGAUGAGAAUAAUGGAGGCAAAACAGAGGAAGCUGCAGAAGAAAGUUCGGGUUUCGAUCUGAACUCGGAUCCUGCAUCUACAAUCGACAAACACUAA